AUGAUUGAGGACAAUCAAAAAUGCGAUAUUGAAUUCACAUUAAAUGAUGAAUUUAGAGGUAGGGAAUUUGAAAAUGUUGAAAACGAACUUGAAAAGAUAUUAAAUGAUUCUGAUCCUGAAGAAACAUCUUCUCUUAUUUUAAACGAUGAGUCUCAACAAGAAGAUGUUUCCAAUAAUCAGGAAAUACUGGAAGAAUUAAAGGAUAAAUUUAAUUCAAACCAAGACUACCAUGAAGAAUUUGCAAGUAUGUCAAAUGAAGAAGAAUUUGCAAGCAUGUUAAAUGAAGAAAGUCUUUUGAAUCUUCAUUCAAAUGAUGAAGCCAGCAAUAAUUCCACUCAAUUAUUUAAUGAAUCUAAAACUAAAAACGAAACAAUUUAUAAAGAAGAUAUUAGACCAAAAUUUAUUAAUAAUUUGUCGAUUUGCUAUGCAAAUUCUUUAAUUCAAGUUCUUUGUCAUAUUCCUAUUUUCCGAUCCUAUAUCAAUUCCUAUGAUGAUAGUGAAAUAUCUCAAUUCUUGAAAAAUAUUUUUAAAGAGAUAGAUAACUUGAAUCCUAUCAAUCUGGAAAAAUUAACUUCUUUAUUAGGAUUUGAAUCUCAAAAUGAUCCUCAUGAAAUGUUACAGAGGCUUCUUCAAAACUUAAAUGAAAAUAUUCAAAAUAUUUUUAUUAAUACUUUUAUUGGUUUAGAUGGGAAAAAAGAUCAUUCAUUUUAUAUCUUUGUUACAGCAUUUACAGAAAAUUCAAGCCCAAUUCCGUUCUUGGAACAAGUAAUCGAAUUUUUGUCUGUUACUGGUGGUGAUUAUGACACUGGUGAUAUACUUCCAGUUUAUAUCAAUAGGUAA